AUGGCAUAUUUGUUGAGAACAAUAUUUCUUUUUGCCUUGGUGGAGAAAGGCGUUACUAAGCGGUUUAAGGCGGAAGCACAUUUGAAUGAAAUAGCUAAUGGUGCUUACAAUAAGGGGACUACACAAGAAAGUAACAUUCGAUCUCCUCUUCAUCGUCUUUUGCACUGGCUUAUCGCAAACACCAUUAAUUAUAUACAGGAGGGGGACAAGUGUCUGACGAUUGAUGUGUUUCUCUUAUGGGCUUUUACGACCCCCGAUGUUUAUGUGGACUUACCAUUCCUAUUAGCGGAUUUUCUUGUGACCCGAGCAGGAAAAGAUAGGCGAGGUUCUCCUCUUUAUGGGGAUGAACCACCAGAUGUACCAAUUAUUGACGAGAUACCCAUGGAUCACCAUAACAUUGCUAUGAGGAGGUUUGAUGAUAACUUCACAUGGGGUGUCAACUACACCAACAUUAGCCUAGACCACCUUAUGCAGCAAAUGCAUGUGACCUGA